AUGGCCGAUAAGCUCGUAACCACCCAUGCCGGAGCCAAGAAGACCGAGGCGAGAGUAAAUGACAUAUUUUCUAUUAAGCAAUCCUUGGGAGAGGGAAUAAGGGAUUUUCUCGCCCGAUUCAAUAGAAUAAGGAUGACUCUGCCAAACGUAUCCGAAGGGAUGGAAGUCGCAUCUUUUCAGAACGGGCUGAGUAGAGAGGGUUUAAGAGCAACUAGAAAAGUGUUGAGCCGAUUGAUGAAGUAUCCUCCAACCACUUGGGAUGAAAUCCACAAUGCUUACUGUGUCGAGGUCCGAGCAGAUGAGGACGAUCUCAACGGAGCAACUCACCGGAUAACCUCGCUACAAGCCGAAUCUAGAAAAGAACGAAGAGACAGUACUAGAAGAGAUCAUUCGAUUCCGCAACCUAACAAGGAACGGCACCAACCAUAUGUCAGGGCGGCUGUCACACCCUCCCUCCACUAUGAAGAAGGCUCGUCCAGACCAAGGACAGGGACUUAUCCGAAUGAAAGAGAAAUAGUCUACGCUCUUGAGAAACUCGGAAUGAAAGUGAAGUGUCUGCAAAAGAUGAGAUCAAAUCCGAACACCAGAAAGUUCGACGCCCUCUGUGAAUUCCACCAGGAAUGCGGGCACAAAACAGAAGAUUGCAUCGCCCUUAAACAGGAAGUCGUAAACAUGUUACGGCAAGGGCACCUCAAAGAGUUGUUAAGCGAUAAGGGGAGGUCUAACUUCGCCAGAGGACGUGAACAUCAAGGCUUGCCGAAGCCGCCAUUGCCAGCUCGUACCAUCAACAUAAUCAUUGGCGGCAGCGACGAGCCUCUAUCAACGGCAUAA